AUGGAUGAUACUGACAGAACUCUGUGUGACUCUGUUCCCAUGAUUCGAAACCUGCCCUUCAUGAAGGCGUUUAAGAACACUAAGACUUGUAAGAAACUUGCAACUCGUCUGAUCACUGAGCACAAACAGACCAGAAUCCCUGGGCAACCACGAGACUUCCUUGACUGCUAUCUGGAUGAACUGGAUAAGAGAGGCGCUGAUGGCUCUUCUUUUUGUGAGGAUCGACUCAUCGUGUUUGUUCUGGACCUUCACUUUGCUGGGACUCCUACUUUCAAUCUGUGCUUCUAUCGUUCUGGCAUCUAUUCUUUCAUUUCUUUUCACGUUUUUUUUUUGUGGUGUGUUGUUCUACUAAUUAGCGAUGUCAGCGGGAGAUCUCCUGCAAAGCCUGAAUUAUUAACCCAGUUUGAAGAACAUGUUGUGUCAUUUCUUUUACUCCAGGCUGUGAUCCAUGAAGCUGUGAUCCAUGAAGUCCAUAGGAUAGCCAACACUGUCCCUCAUAGUAUCUACCACUGUUCAGCAAAUGGCACGAAGCUCAUGGGAUAUUUCUUACCCAGGGUAAAACUAAUGAGGUUUUUUUUUUUUUGGAUCAUUUUACUGUUUCAGGAAAUGCCUUUCAGCAAAUAGAUUUUUUUGUUCCCGGUAGGCCUGCUAGUUGGCUAUAACAGGUGUUUGCAUUCCAUUGCAGUAGCUCCAAACCAGAUUGCUUACAAGGAUUGGAAUGAUUGGAUUAAUAGUAUUACACUAAACCACAGUGUUCAGGCAUACAGUAGUCAACAGUAAUGGGUUUUGGAGAUUUGAAACGAUUAGUUGGGACUCGAGACAGAUAAUUAAUCACCAACUAUUUUGAUAAUUGAUUAAUGGUGUCCAAUGUGAGGAUUUGCUGCUUUUCUCUGUUUCAUAUUAUUGUAAACUGAAUAUGUUCGGGUUCUGGCAAUUUUUCUCCUUAGGGUAGGUACAUUGAUCAUCCAAAACCUGAACUCGGUGCUGAAUGAGGUGGGACAGUGGAAAUUCCCUCAUGAAUUUAACCCUGAAAACUUUCUGAAUGACCAGGGAGAGUUUGUUCGUGCAUUUCUCUGCAAGUAUGAGAGCCCAAAUCUUCUAUUUUAAGAGCUGUACAUGACUUAAUGAUUGAAAAUGUCUACGUAUAUGUCUUGGAGAGGGUCUGGCUCUUAUGGAGCUCUUCCUCAUCAUGGUGACUCUGCUGAGGAAGUUCAUCUGGCCCGAGGAUGCAGGACCCGUGUGUAUGGGGUCACUCUGUCACCUGAACCUUACCGCAUGAAGGUCCAGCUGAGGGCCACGCAGUAGACAAUCUGCAGUUACACAGGAGGAACAAUGAAGACUGAUUCAAAUGUGUGUUGUGCAGGGUGUUGUCUCAGACAAAUAAAAUGUGUAAAAUAACGAAUGACUAAUUUGCAGCAAAAUUGUUAUCGUUAUAAUUUGCCACUCACUAUCUUAUAAUGAACAGAUCUUCAGCACACCUUUUAAAAAGAUAGAAGCACAUAGUCAUAGCUCAUAUGCUGAAACAAAGAACAAAUACAUUUUUAUAUAAAAGAGGUUAAAGAAUCUGAUAGUUUUGUGCUGAUAUCUGUUCAAGACAAUUCUUGAGUCUCCUUUAGUUCUAUCUGCCGUUCACCUUAUAUGGACAACAUUUAAUAAUGGUUUUGCCAGUCUUGGUACAAAAAUAUGUACAUGAUAUUGUCCAUUUAGAGCUGGGAGACAAAAGACAAUCUAGUUAAUGGCUCCCUCGAGUGGACAGAAUUGGGUAUUGCAUUUAAUAGUUUUAUUUCUGAGCAUGAAAAGUACGGGCACAGGCCGCUUCACGGGGGGACUAAUCAAAAUGUAAUAAGAUAAGUAAAUGAGUUUUAUCAGAUUGAUUGGAUGAAUGUAUGUGAUAUGGAGUAUAUGCUGUAAUUUAGAGCAAACUAAUUUUGACAUCUUGUGCAGGGGAUUUGUCAUCAAAACAUUAGUUCAGUACGUUACUUAAACCAUUCUGAAAUGCGUUGAUGUCUUAACCUUGUACAUUCCUGCUGUAUGUCAGUCUGAUGUAAUGUAAGGUGCCCUAUUUGAACUGCACGGAACUAACUAAUGAUCAUCGAUAUGACUGAGCUAAAUUGUUUUAGAUAAAUAGUAUUUAAAAUGCAAAAGACUCUGUGUGAAUUUCAUUUCACUUGGCAUAUAGUAACAUGUGGCACACUGUUCCAGUUGGUAUUACAUCGUCCUGUAAGUUGGACAUAGACGUAGAAGUAGGGUCACCCUUUUUUUUUGUAUUACACUCCCAUUUUAGAAACGACAGCAUCGCUCUCACUGACUGCUUAUCGUCUGAUUGUCCUGCUCAAUAUUCAUUUACCGCAGAACCGUGACAUCACACCCAUUUUCGAUGCUGAGUGUGGGCACAUUUGUUGGACUAAGAGCUGAGUGAAUCUGGGAAAACACUCAGCGCUUCAGAUGAAAGAGGUUUUUUCUUUUGUGUACAUGUCAGUCAGUCAGUGAAGGACAGAGGGAACACAGUGUUCAGCCGCUGUGUGUGUGUGUGUGUGUGUGU